AUGGGGAUUUUUAGCGUUGCGGAGAGAGAUCCAGGAGACGAGCCUUCCCUCUUUGCCCUCGUACUCACGCCUCCAUCAAACACACACCCACCUUCACUUCCUCAUCCCUCCGGUCUCCUCCCACCUCCGACCGACUCCAGCGCCGCCGUAUUUCUUUCUUCUUUGCCCAAACUCAGCGCUGCCCUCCAUCCUCCGACGUCGUCUCCCUGUCCGACCACGCACAUCACCGGCACACAGUACAAGACCGUCUCCGUCUCCCUCUCUGUUGUCGCACAGCGCCACUCUUUCCAGAUUUCUGAAAUCUUUUCUUCCUUCCUAAUACAGUGA